CUGAGGGAGGAGACCAUGAAAAGAUGCAUCAGAUCGGUGAUGAGUGUGCCCCCUGAGGAAGGCCAAAUCCUCUCUAUGCUGCUCAAGGUUAUAAAUGCAAGGAAAACUAUAGAGAUUGGGGUUUUCACCGGCUACUCCCUUCUCUCUACGGCUUUGGCAUUGCCAAAUGAUGGCAAGAUAACUGCUAUAGAUGUUGAUAGGUCAAACUACAAGAUUGGUCUGCCGUUUAUACAGAAGGCUGGUGUUGAGGGUAAGAUCAAGUUCAUUGAAUCAGAAGCUCUUCCAGUUCUCGACAAAUUCGUUCAAGAGAUGAAUGAAGAUGAAAUGUUUGAUUUUGCAUUUGUGGAUGCUGACAAAGAGAACUACAGCAAUUAUCAUGAAAGGUUGCUCAAGAUUGUCAAAAUUGGUGGCCUGAUACUGUAUGACAACACCCUCUGGUUCGGCAGCGUUGCGACGCCAAUGAAUCCAGAUAUGCCCAAAUAUUUCAACGAGGACCGCGAGAGCAUUAUAAAGUUCAACAAAGAACUAGCUGCCGAUCCAAGGAUCGAAUUGUGUCAGGUUUGCAUUGGCGAUGGACUCACCAUUUGUAGGCGGGUUGCUUGA